CCCUGAGACGGCAGAUUCUGACUAUGCCUGGCCGCUCAAGGCCGGGCUGUGAAGAGGCUGACCCGGCGCCAGUCUCCAUCAGCAGUCUGUGGGAGGAGGCAGACCAGGUGCACCGGACCGGUGACAUUCGCCUGAGUCUACAAGAUGGGCAUUGACAUUUAUGCCAUCACGCCGAGUCCGGCAUGCCGGGCCGCCUUUCUGGUGGCUAAAGCCAUCGGCCUCGACUACAAUCUCAAGAUAGUGGAUCUGGCAAAUGGAGGGAACCGCACUCCCGAGUAUCUGAAGAUGAACCCGGCACACACCGUGCCUGUCAUGACAGACGGCGAGCUGUCAGUGGGUGACAGUAAGGCGAUCAUCACCUACAUGAUGAACCAGUACGCGCCCGCCAACUUGCAGAGCCUGUACCCCCGCGACCCGGCCGCCAGGGCUUUGGUGGAUCAGAGACUGUACUUCGAUUCCCAGCUGUUUGCCAGCCUUCGCGGUAUCAUGUUUCCAGUGGUGUUCCGGAAAGUAAAGGAUCUGAAGAUGUCCCAGGCGAACAUGCCGCGGCUAGAGGAGAACAUGGCGCUACUGGAGACGUUCCUGACGCGCUCCACGUACCUGGCCGGCGAGCACUUGACCAUCGCCGACCUGGCCACGCUGGCCAACGUCUCCAGUGUGGAGGCCGGCGGUCUUGACAUGUCCCGCUGGCCGCACGUGCAGGCCUGGCUGACCAAGCUGAAGGCCGAGCUGCCCUACUACGAGCAGGCCAACGGUGAGGGAGCUCAGAUGCUCGGUGCUAUGUACCAGAAGGCCCUGAAGGAGCUGGGAGGAAAGUAGAUGUGCUGUGAACGCGGAACGAACUGAAAGCAGGAUCGGAGCCCUGCCCUCAAUAAAAUGAUCGGACUUCGGGCGGUGACAGGCAUGACGUCGGCCGGUCACCAAUAGGCUGGAUAGUUUACAGUACAAAUAUGUCUUUGCCCAAUGAUAGAGCUAUCGAGUAUCGAGUAUACACUGAGACCCAAUGCUUCUUAGUUCCUCGCAGCGCGAAUUUUCUUUCAUAUCAAAUACAUGGACACUCUCAUC